AUACGAAAAUUUCCACCCCCUCUUCUCCAUCCAUCUUCCCUUUACGCCAAAAGGGGGGGAUACAGAGUUCUUCCACCCUAUGCUUUCAACAACAAUGGAUUUGACCACUAAACUUCAGUUCAUCGACCUUCGUUCCACUUUCCUAACUGGAACUGCCCUCUCCGACCUACGUAAACCCUGUUUUCGCCCACGUAUUCGCCCAAUUUCCACACCCAUACACAAUUGUUCGAGUAAACCCACAAAGAUAUUCCACACACAUCAUUCAAUUAGAUUAUCUGCGGUUGCUGUUGAUAGUGAAACUAGUAGUAUUACUAGUGUAGAUGGAGACGAUAUAGAGAGUCUGUUUUCGAAAGACUCAGAAACAGUGGAUUAUCGACGAGGGAACAAACAAUCGGGAAGUGGGGCGUCGAGUAUCUCAUCUGGUGUUAGAUUAGAGAACAUUAGUAAGAGCUAUAAGGGUGUUACAGUGUUGAAAGAUGUGAGCUGGGAAGUGAAAAAGGGAGAGAAAGUAGGGUUAGUAGGGGUUAAUGGUGCUGGGAAAACUACCCAGUUGCGGAUUAUUGCGGGUAUGGAAGACCCCGAUUCGGGUAACAUUGUGAAGGCUAAGCCCAAUAUGAGGAUAUCAUUUUUGAGCCAAGAAUUCGAAGUUUCACUGACUAGGACGGUUAGGGAGGAGUUUCUGAAUGCGUUUAAGGAGGAAAUGGAGAUUUCUAACAGGUUAGAGAAGGUUCAGAAGGCAAUUGAAGGUUCUGUUGAUGAUUUGGAAUUGAUGGGGAGGCUUUUGGAUGAAUUUGAUUUGCUUCAGAGGAGGGCACAGGCUGUGAAUUUGGAUAUUGUUGAUGUAAAGAUUAAUAAAUUGAUGCCUGAACUUGGGUUUUCGCCAGAGGAUGCAGAUAGGCUGGUGGCGUCUUUUAGUGGUGGUUGGCAGAUGAGGAUGUCACUUGGGAAAAUAUUGCUUCAGGAUCCAGAUUUAUUACUACUGGAUGAACCUACGAACCAUCUUGAUCUAGACACGAUUGAGUGGCUUGAAGGUUAUCUUAACAAGCAAGAUGUUCCAAUGGUGAUCAUAUCUCAUGACAGGGCUUUUCUUGAUCAAUUGUGCACAAAAAUAGUGGAGACUGACAUGGGUGUUUCUAGAACGUUUGUUGGAAGCUAUUCCGACUAUAUUAUUGGUAAGGCAGCAUGGAUUGAAGCUCAGUUUACAGCUUGGGAGAAGCAACAGAAGGAAAUUGAGCAUACAAGAGGCUUAAUUAGUAGGUUAAGUGCCGGAGCAAAUUCCGGACGUGCGUCCACUGCUGAAAAGAAGCUAGAAAAGCUUCAGGAAGAGGAACAAGUUGAUAAACCAUUUAUUCGGAAACAAAUGAAGAUCAGAUUCCCAGAACGUGGAAGAAGUGGAAGAUCCGUUGUGACAGUAAAAAAUCUGGAAUUUAGCUAUGAAGAUGAGGUCCUCUUUAAAAAGGCCAAUAUCUCAAUUGAAAGGGGUGAGAAAAUUGCUAUAAUUGGGCCAAAUGGUUGUGGAAAGAGUACUCUUCUGAAGUUGAUUAUGGGUUUAGAAAAGCCAAAUAGUGGUGAAGUUAUUCUUGGCGAACACAAUGUGCUACCAAACUACUUUGAACAAAAUCAGGCCGAGGCUCUUGAUUUAGACAAAUCCGUGCUCGAUACUGUAGCCGAAGUUGCAGAAGACUGGAGACUUGAUGACAUAAAGGGUCUCCUUGGACGUUGCAAUUUUAAAGCCGAUAUGCUAGACCGGAAAGUCUCUCUGUUGAGCGGUGGUGAAAAGGCCCGGCUUGCGUUUUGUAAGUUCAUGGUGAAGCCUUCCACUUUAUUGGUGUUGGAUGAGCCGACUAAUCACUUGGAUAUACCUUCCAAAGAAAUGCUUGAGGAAGCAAUUUCCGAGUAUGAGGGAACUGUCAUUACCGUUUCUCACGAUCGAUACUUUGUAAAGCAAAUAGUGAAUAGAGUUUUAGAAGUUAAAGAUGGCAGUCUACAAGACUAUAUGGGUGACUACGAUUACUAUCUUGAGAAGAAUCUCGAGGCAAGAGAAAAGGCGCUUGAAAGAGAAGCGGAGCUAGAGGAGAAGUCCCCGAAAGCAAAAGCCAAAUCCAAGAUGUCAAAGGCGGAAAGAGAAGCGCGCAAGAAGCAAAAAAUGCAGGCGUUCCAGCAAGCGAAACAGAAAUCAAAGGGACUGAAGAACGCUAAAAGAUGGAACUGAAGAAUCAAGUGAGGCAAUACACAUUCCCGACCCGUGUUCAUUUGUACAUAUUUUACGUGAUAUAUAGGAAUAGAUUAUCGAUCUUAAACUAUGCGCUUCGCGACAUUUUUGGCUCGUACCAAACUUUCGCAAUCCGAAAACUUCAGGUUAUCUUUCACAAGAUGGUUUAUGUAUUGAUGCCAGAUAAGAGGGUUUUGAAUA